AUGCCCUUUAAAAAUAUGUUCCUCCUCGACGAUGCCAACGUCUCACCUCGUCCCCGUGCUGCCAUGGGGUAUCCACCGCAGCCUGUCGUGGACGAGGAAGAGCCGUGUCGAGGUCAGUUGGCAUCAUCUAUGGCGGUUGACACGGUGGAGGCGGGCUUGGAUGCGCCGCUUGCUCAGCAGUUGCCUGGGUUCACCUCCGUGUGUUCUUCCCAACACCGGUUUGAGUGGCUAUGGCGAAAGACGGAGCGUUCCUAUUUGGUCUGGGCACGCGAAGGGCGGUCGUACGCCGCUGGAUCCACGGGCCCUCGGGGCAGUGACAGGCCGACCUCCUUCCUUGGAACGGCUGAGGCUGACUUUUCUGAAGACAUGGACAGAAGGCAAAACAGUGGCUCACAGGUGUCUUCUGUUGAGCCCAAUCCGGAGGAUGACGGCGAGGACUUUGAUGUGCUAUCAGUGGCACUGAAGAGGCCCGAGAGUGAGCGGAGUAGGAGAGAACACCUGCGUUCAUCGGAGCUGGGAGCGCGCUUCUGCUACGCCUGGGGAAUCGGUAAGGAUGAACGUGGUAGUAAUGACGGUAGAGGCUGUGGUGGGGAGCAGAACGGGUGGGGUGUGGGUGGCGAGGCCGCGGCGACACUGAAAACGAGCGACGAAAUGGGCAAAUGGAGUGACAACAAGAAUUGCGGUAGUGGUGGUGAUGACCAAACCGCGCGAUCGAUGGGGUCAGGGCUCGAGGGGUGCAGGGGGAAUACGGCGCUCAAGUUCAGCAGCAAAGAUCUGGAUGUCGUUCGUGCCAUCGCACUGAUACUCAUGGAGGAGCGGGAGAAGAAGGGACGGUAG